AAUACAUAGCACGCGCACGGAUACUGAAAUGUGCCGAUUAUUUUUAAUACUUAUUUCACUUGCUGUUUCGUCGUGUGACAAAGAUUUCUUCGAUCCGAAAUCAUGCGUGGAAUACCCCUCAACGAAUCUCGGAUAUGGUGUGAAUGGAGAGUUUACAAAAGUUGACCUGUGUGUGCAAUCAGAAUUGUUCUAUCUCUCAAACGGUGUUGUUAAAGCCAACGUGUACUUGUCGUCGAAGUCUGAAGAGGAUUCUCUGUCGUUGAUGGUGUUUAAGAAGAGUGUUGAUGGCGACGAUGCAGCGGUCGCCAUCAAAGAUGUUUCGAUGUAUAAUAACUGGGAGCUCGAGGAUGGGUGGAAUGUUAUCCAAGUGGAUGUGAAGGGAGAAUACAGAUAUGGAUACGUUGUACUGCAUGCUCAUAUCGCAAAAGGAUCAACGUUCAUUGUAGAUAAUAUUUCAUUUGAUAUUGCCGAAAUUAUCUCACAUACUAUAACAAUAUACUCGUACGACGAAGUUCCAAUUCAAGAUACUUUUGAAGAUGAAGCUUCUACGACUGAGUCAGAUCUUACAACAACCAAUGUAGAAACAACCACCGAUUUACUCAUAACUGAUGUAACUACUACUACAGAAGAAGACACACCGACUACCAUCGAUAUAUUAACCACAGAAGCAGAUCUACCUAUCUCCACCGCAGAAAUUGAGUUACCUACUACCAUCGAAACUGAUAUACCUACAAUAACUGAAACUAUGCCUAUUACUACUGAAACUGACAUACCUACUACCACCGAAACUGACAUACCUACUACCACUGAAAUUGUUAUAGCGACAACUACAGAGACAGAUGUACCUAGUACCACAGAAAGUGAUAUCCCAACUACUACGGAAAUUGAUAUCCAAACUACUACAGAAAUUGACAUAACUACUACCACUGAAGACAAUGUACCUACUACCACCGAAACUGACAUACCUACUACCACCGAAGUUAAUGUACCUACUACCACCGAAACUGACAUACCUACUACCACCGAAGUUAAUGUACCUACUACCACCGAAACUGACAUACCUACUACCACUGAAGACAAUGUACCUACUACCACCGAAACUGACAUACCUACUACCACAGAAAUUGAUUUACCUAUUACCACCGAAACAGAUGUACCUGCUACCAUCGAAACAGAUCCACUAUUUACUACUGAAACUGAUAUACCCACUACCACAGAAACUGACUUACCUACUACCACUGAAACUGAUAUACCAAUUACAACUGAAACUGAUACACCUUCUACAACUGAAACCAAUAUACCUACUACCACUGAAACUGACAUCCCUACUACCACUGAAACUAACGUCCCUACUACCACUGAAACUGAUGUCCCUACUACUACUGAAACUGAUGUUCCUACUACCACUGAUACUGAUAUACCCAUUACAACUGAAACUGAUAUACCUUCUACAACUGAAACCGAUAUACCUACUACCACUGAAACUGAUGUCCCUACUACCACUGAAACUGAUGUCCCUACUACCACUGAAACUGAUAUACCAAUUACAACUGAAACUGAUAUACCUUCUACAACUGAAACCGAUAUACCUACUACCACUGAAACUGACGUCCCUACUACCACUGAAACUGAUGUCCCUACUAGCACUGAAACUGAUGUCCCUACUACCACUGAAACUGGUGCACCUACUACCACUGAAACUGAUAUAUCAAUUACAACUGAAACUGACAUACCUUCUACAACUGAAACCGAUAUACCUACUACCACUGAAACUGACGUCCCUACUACCACUGAAACUGAUGUCUCUUCUACCACUGAAGCGGAUGUCCCUACUACCACUGAAACGGAUGUACCUACUACCACUGAAACUGAUAUACCAAUUACAACUGAAACUGAUAUACCUUCUACAACUGAAACUGAUAUACCUUCUACAACUGAAACCGAUAUACCUACUACCACUGAAACUGAUGUCCCUACUACCACUGAAACUGAUGUCCCUACUACCAUAGAAACUGAUAUACCAAUUACAACUGAAACUGAUAUACCUUCUACAACUGAAACCGAUAUACCUAUUACCACUGAAACUGAUGUCCCUACUACUACAGAAACUGAUGUCCCUACUACCACAGAAACUGAUGUCCCUACUACCACCGAAACUGACCCAACUACAACCACAGAAAUAACUACAAAUACAGAAACUGACGCAACCACAACCACAGAAAUAACUACAAAUACCGAAACUGACGCAACCACAACCACAGAACUGACUACAAAUACAGAAACAGACACGACAACAGAAAUAAUAGUAACAGAAACAAAUACACCAACUACUACUGAAUCAAGUACUACAACUGUUUCUACAUCAGAAACUGACACAACACCAACAGAUCUACCAACAUCAACGCCGGAGACAACUAUAUCAACUACUGAAACAGAAAUUGACACGACAACGCUGGAAACCACUUUAACAACUACUGACGAUAUAGUUGAAACUACAAUAUCAGAAUCUGACGGAGAAACCACAACAGUACCACCUGAAAAUGAAGAAGCAGUGGGAUUUUGGACACCCCUUUCAAUAUCUCUCGUCACUGUGGGCUCAGUCGCGGCAGUGGGCUUGGUUGGAUUCGCCAUUUUCAAGCUUAGUUCAACGACUGUCGUUCAAGAAAUACCAACUGUAUUCACUGAGGACGAUGACCAGCUGCCCCAACUCGUUACCAUGCCAAGGUUAAGAAGCAUAGAAGAUGGAAUCAUUUAGGCGGAACUUACCGUUAUAAAUAUUCAAAUCAUAUUUCAUAGUGUGUAAGGUAUUUAUUCUAGAAUACUUAGUUCCAAAAUGUAAAUGUU